AGGCUCCAGCGCUACUUGAUGCGCAAAGCACUGGAGAAGAGUGGACACCUGGCAGCCAGAACCAAGGAGACGGGCCUCGCAAGGACCAGAGAGGUCUCUGAAAUGUCCGGGGAAAACGAAAGUAAGCAGUUUCUCCAGAAGGAUGUGAUGACAACUCAGGAGAAUCCUCCCACAUUUGGUGAAGCUGUGUCCAUUUCCUCUGAGGACCUAGCCAGGCAGCCAUCGUCUUCCCAAGAUCUUCAGAACCUGCUAACCCGGCCCAGCAUCUCAGAAAAAAGGUCUAGUUCCUUCCUGCGUCCGAUGCCUCAGAAAUCUAUGAAACGUGUGGCCAUUGAUUGUGAAAUGGUAGGCACGGGUCCUUCUGGAAAGACAAGCGAGUUGGCACGCUGUACGGUGGUGAGCUAUGACGGUGAUGUGAUUUAUGACAAAUACGUUCUUCCAGAAUAUCCAAUUGUAGAUUAUAGGACUCGCUGGAGUGGCAUCACCUGGAAGCACAUGAGAAAAGCAAUUAAUUUCAGGAUUGCGCAGGGUGAGAUCAUACAGAUCUUGAAGGAUAAAAUAGUGGUGGGCCAUGCUCUCCACAAUGAUUUCCGAGCCUUAAAGUACUUUCACCCCCGAGCCUGGAGGCGCGAUACAAGCCACUGUCCUCUGCUGAAGAAGAAAGUGGCCUCAUCCCUGAAGCCAUCCAUGUCUCUCAAGAACCUAGCUCAUCAGCUGCUACACAAAAACAUCCAGGUUGGCAAACGUGGGCAUUCAUCUGUUGAAGAUGCUCAAGCUUCUAUGGAGCUUUACAGAUUGGUAGAGUUUCAAUGGGAGGAACUGCUGACUCCACGUCACCCCGCAAGCCUUUCAGACACCACCCUGGACAGCGAUACUGAUAACAGUUGCUACAUGGAUGAUCAAUAUUGGCCCAAGGACCUUGAUGUAGACUGCAAAUGAAAGUUCGGGUUUUAGAAAGGAAUUGUAAAGAAAUUACCCGGCCAUUCUGAAGAGAGAGCUUGGUUUAAACAUGAGGAUUUGUGUCUUCCAGCAUCAUCGAAGCAGUAUUAUUGACAUUUGUUUUCCUCAAAGGGUGUAGAUGCCAAAGGAAACCUUGAGCCCAAAUAAGCUUUUUCAGUUUUUGAACCUUUGAGCGUUGUGCCUAAAGGAACUCCAGCUUUAAGCCUUUGAAUGUUGAGGGAGAGAAGUUUAUCCAUUUCUCAAUUCUUUUC